GUGAAUAUCCGAGUCAUUUACUAUAGUGUACUGAAUAAAGUUCACUAAAUAAGAUAUUACUCAUUAUAAGUCAUGGUUUUGUUAUUAAUACAAAAAUUAAUUCAGUGGUCGCUAAUCAUGUGCCUAACGAUUGUUAACAAUAUUUUAAUCAUAAUUUUCGGCGACUUCUACAAGAAUAUCAUCGACAAAGUUAUCAAGUUAUUAUCUCAUGAGACGAGUCACGAAAAUCUAAUGAACGAUACGUUACUUCGUCUGGAGAUGACUGAACACAAGUUGACAUCACUUCAGAACCAAAUGGUGUGCCAUCACAAGGAGUUCCUGGAGUUCCGACACCAGGUAUCGCAUGGCGUGGCACCGGGUGCUGGUCCGUCGGUGAUCACCAAACCAAUGGCCGCCACUAUGGGACCAAUGGCUGCAAACAUAUCGAAAAUGAGUGCCGAAUAUCUCCGCAAAUCAAAUCAUAACAUUCAGCGAAAGACAUCUGUUGUGGUCAUCGCAUCGCAACUCCUCAAGACAUCCGUCAACGCGUCCGUCGAGCCGUCCCAAGACGUGCCCGAAGAACGCGAGUUUCACGUGUGGAUCAACUCGAGUGCCAAAGAGCCCAUUGUCUGCAACACUAGCUCUGUGUUAAGACUUUUCGCUAGAUUUGAUCCCCAAUUGUACGGUCAGGAUCUGAUCCAACGCACAGAAGUUGACAAUUGGCUGACGAUUGUGGACACCGGCCUCCGGGACACUCAUCUCCAGAGUUUACAACAUAUCGUCGCGAAGUCCACGCAUUUGGUCGGCGAUCAGCUCUCGUUCGCCGACAUCUGCGUCUGGAAUCAGUUGAACCAUAACAGCAGUGAUCUCAAGACAUAUCCGGAGAUCAAACGGUGGCUCGAAGUGAUCGACCGCCAGAUCAAGAACUUCUCGCCCGACAAGCGAUCCGCUGGUGAUAGCAAUAAGUCUUCCAAUACAUCGAGCGUUAAGAAGUCUUCAGCGAACGACAAAAUGACAAAAAGUGGUAAAAGCGGCGAUCAGUCGACCGGACAACAGAAGCCCCAGAAGUCGGCGCCCAAUAAGAGCGGCGGUGACGCCAAACAGGAGGGAAAGUACAUUGAUUUGCCGGACGCCGUGGCCGGUCAGGUGGUGGUGCGGUUCCCACCGGAAGCCUCCGGGUAUCUACACAUCGGACACGCGAAGGCCGCUCUUCUUAACCAACACUACCAGAAGGCAUACGACGGAAAACUGAUCCUUCGUUUCGAUGACACGAAUCCCGACAAAGAGAAGGAGGACUUUGAAAAAGUGAUCCUCGAAGACGUGAAAAUGCUUCAAAUCAAACACGACAUCUUCAGCUACACGUCGGACCACUUCCCGCGCAUUCAGGACGAGUGCGAGAAGCUCUUGAGGGCCGGCAAAGCGUACGUCGACGACACGGCCCCAGAGAUCAUGAAAACGGAACGCGAGGGUCGCGUGGAGUCGAAGAACCGGAACAAUUCGGUCGACAAGAACCUGAAGAUGUGGGACGAGAUGAAGAGGGGCACAGAAUUGGGCCAAAAGUGUUGCGUUCGCGCGAAGCUAGACAUGGCGUCGGACAACGGGUGUCUGAGGGACCCGGCGAUGUACCGGUGCAAGAAUCAGCCGCACCCGCGCACCGGCACCACCUAUAAGGUGUACCCCACGUACGACUUCGCGUGCCCUAUAGUGGACAGCCUGGAAGGGGUGACCCAUUCGUUGCGGACGAGCGAAUACCUGGACAGAGACGCCCAGUUCUACUGGUUUAUCGACGCUAUGGGGCUCCGGAAGCCGACAAUCUGGGCGUACAGUCGACUCAAUAUGACGAACACAGUGCUGUCCAAAAGGAAACUGACGUUUUUCGCCGAUGAGGGUAUCGUCGAGGGCUGGGAUGACCCGCGUAUGCCCACAGUUAGGGGUGUAUUGCGAAGGGGUCUGACCGUCGAGGGUCUGAAGCAGUUCAUUGUGGCUCAGGGCUCGUCCCGAUCGGUCGUAUUCAUGGAAUGGGAUAAGAUAUGGGCGUACAAUAAGAAAGUGAUUGAUCCGAUCGCCGCCCGAUAUUCAGCGGUCGAAAAGGCCGACUCAGUGGUGGUGGAUGUGAGCGACGCGGCGCCGGGCAGUAUAGAAGUGGCGCUCCAUCCGAAGAACGCGGAGCUCGGCAAACGCCAGGUGCGCACCGGGCGACAGGUGCUCAUCGACCAGACGGACGCUCAACAGAUGAGUGUCGGCGACAGCGUUACGUUCAUUAAUUGGGGAAACCUGUCGAUCGCUGGCGUUACCAAAGACCCGAAGACGGGUUUAGUGGCGAAAGUGUCGGCGAAACUAAAUUUGGAUAAUAAGGACUUCAAGAAGACGUUGAAAGUGACGUGGAUUGAGACGAGUGCCACCAUUCCGGCGAUUCUCACAUACUAUGAGCACAUUAUCUCGAAACCGGUCCUCAAACCCGACGACGACUUCAAGGCGUUCAUCAACAGAGACACGAAGUUUGAAGUGCCGGCGCUCACCGACGAGGCGUUGAGUGGUUUGAAAAAAGGAGAUAUCAUUCAAAUCCAGAGGAAGGGCUUCUUUAUAUGCGACUCCGUGUACGACGAGUCGACCAGACGUUUGACGGGAAAGCCGGCGCCGGUUAUACUCAUCUCAAUACCCGACGGCUCGACUGAUUUGAAUGUUUUCCCGAAAGCGGUUCAGGAGUGGAAGAAAAAGACACUACAAUUGGCUCAGAGCGCGGAUAAAGCGGCGCCAAAAGCUGCCGGCGAUGUCGAGAAACUACUGAAAGACAUCAAAGACUGCGGCGAUGGUGUGCGUCAACUGAAAGCCGAUAAGGCGGCCAAAGAUGUGAUCACCGCUAAAGUGAAUCAAUUGCUGGCACUGAAGACACAAUUCAAAACACAGACCGGCGUUGACUGGACUCCAGACGUAAAGUUGGAUCAAUUGAAACUGAAACAAUCCAGUGCGCCGUCCGGUGGCCAAUCAAAUGACGCUCAGAGGUUGGAUGGUUUGGUGAGAGCACAG